GCUCAAGGGACCCGUAGUCGUUCGGUAGAUUCGCUUUACGGCGCAUCAUCCGUCGCGGCUCGUGACACGCGGUUUCUCACUUCUUAUUCUCAUUCUUAUUAUAUAUUAUUAUUCAAUAUAAUAUAAUAUAUAACACAUCGCAUUUCGGUUAUAUCAACUAAAAGGAAAAAUAUCCGUGGCAGUGAGUGCAAGAGAUAGAGAUAGAAGAAUACUAGUCAUCAUCGUUUCGCUUCGUGCUUUAUUAUUAUUAUAAUUAUUAUUUUUAUUAUUGAUAAUAUUAUUAUUAUAUAAUUAUUAUUAAUUAUCUAUAUGUUGGCGAAACGAUUCCAUCUUACGGCAAGAUCUCCAUCGGUGAUUCUUUUUCAUCUAUGUGCAUCGAGUGACGAACAAACUGUGUUCACUUUUCGAUCUUUCUAAUAUUUCCGUUCGGUCUCCCUUCGCUUCUUCGUACGGGGACGAUAUAAUAGAUUAUUCGAAGGAUUCUAUCGUCGUGGAAUUUGAUCUCCGCACGAUUCGUUCGUAUUAAUUAUUUCAAGAUUUCGCACGCUCUCGACUCUCGAGAGCAGUACGGCCAGAUUUAUGGGGGUGUCCGGAGAGUGCGCGGUCAAGGGCAGCAAGAGCCAACCCUGUCACUGCUGCGCGAGUCACGUCGUUGCUAGUCCAAGCGCGAGCGUGCAGCAGCAACAACAACUUCAACAACAUCACCAUCAUCAGCUACAACAGCAACAACAUCAACGGCAUAAUAAUCAUCAUCAUCAUCACCAUCAUCACGAGGUACAUCACGCUAUUCAUCCCAAUCAUCAUCAUCAUCAUCAUCAUCAUCAAGAUAAGAACAACGUGCCGGUCGAGGUUCAACACAACGGUGACAACGGCAACAUUCUCGCGCCUCUUCGCAGCAAGAUGAAAGUAUUGAAGAAGCUCAAACGCAAGAUGGGCUUAGCACCCAGAUCGUCGAGUGCAGGUACCAACAAUUUACCACCUCUGACCUUCCAUCAGGUGCACGGUGACAAUAUACGACUUUGUAAUGGCGGGACCAUCGCCAGGAGGCACGAGAGCUUCUGCAAGGGAGUCACAUUUAGUGCAAGACCGGUCCGAGUCGGUGAGAAGGUAUGCGUGAAGUUCUUGGAAAUCUCGGAUAAUUGGAGUGGUGUUAUACGUUUCGGCUUUACCAGCAACGAUCCUAUCAAUCUAAGAAGCGGUCUUCCAAGGUAUGCUUGUCCGGACCUAACAAACAAGCCUGGCUACUGGGCCAAAGCACUAGCCGAGAGGUUCGCCGAACCGGACACAGUUCUCUUUUAUUACGUCACAUCCGCCGGAGAUGUUCACUUCGGUGUUAAUGGGGAAGAAAAGGGUCUCUUCUUUACUGGCGUCGAAACUCGUAGUCCAUUGUGGGCGAUCAUCGACGUCUACGGCAACAGUACUGCCAUCGAGUUCGUCGAUCCCAAUAGACAACAUUUUAAUAAUAUCAGACGAGGCGCGGAGCAUAGUAACGAAGACAAUGCGCAGCACAGCAGGCACUCGGCGAUGGACGAUGCUAGCAAUGCUGGCAGGGACGUCGAGAGAAUCAUCGUUCCGUCCAUGCAGAGCAUGUCGAUCCAUCAUGAGCCUGACGUCGAGCUGCCUGGACUCAGGUUUCAACCAGCUGGUGUCAUCUUUACCCCAUUGCCCUUCCACCAUACCCGCGGCAGAAACAUCCGCUUCAGUAAUCAACAGUGCGUGGCAACGCGCACCGACACGGAAUUCUGUCACGGCUACGCCUUCACCGGACGGCCGUUGCUACUAGGUGAGCGACUGGUCGUGCAAAUCCUAGCGACGGAACCGAUGUACGUCGGAGCACUCGCCUUGGGUUUGACUUCAUGUGAUCCAGCUCGCUUGACAGCCGAAGACCUACCAGACGAUAGUGAUCUCUUGUUGGAUCGUCCAGAAUACUGGGUCGUGUCGAAGGAUGUAGCUUCGAGUCCGCAGCCUGGUGACGAAAUUGCCUUCACUGUCACUCACUAUGGCGAGGUUCAAAUGAGCAAGAACGGAGGACCACCUAAUGUGGUCAUGCAUGUUGAUCAGAGUCUCCAACUCUGGGCAUUCGUGGAUGUCUACGGUAGCACGCAACGUGUGAGAAUGCUCGCGAGCAGGCCUACUUCUCCGCCAAGGCAACGUCAAAGCAAUCCUUCACCAGCGACGAUAAUUCAGCAGCAGCAACAACAGCAACAACAACAUUCGAAUCAUAGCAACGCAGCUACCGAACUUUCGAGAUUCUCCGAAAUGGUCCAAUUCAAGCCAACCGUUGGUGGCGGCACGGUACUUGUCGUGAAUCUUCCACCUCAAGGUGGUUACCCAGCACCACCACCGCCUACACCACAACCGAUUUAUGCGUCUGCCGCUCAUAGAAACUCAGCAGCAACAGUAUCUCAUCUACCACCGUCUUCAGCAGCACCUGUACCUCAUCCUGGAUCCUCUAGACAAUCCUCACCACCGCUUACCGGCACGAUGACCAGCACAGGUUCCUCGACUUAUGUCGAUCCGGUGACUUAUCAAAGUCUUGAUGGUACUCUCACAUCGCAAGCAUCCUCUCAUCUUCAACAAUGGAGUGAAGGUCUUCAGCCAACCCCAGGUCAACCAAGCGAGUGUUCCAUUUGCUACGAGAGGAGUAUCGACAGUGUCCUAUACAUGUGCGGUCACAUGUGCAUGUGUUAUCCUUGCGCCAUUCAACAAUGGCGCGGCAAGGGUGGCGGUCAUUGUCCGCUCUGUCGUGCACCCAUCAAGGAUGUUAUUCGUAUUUAUAGAUCCUGAACGCCGGCAUCGCGUCGAUGUCGUGUUAAAGACAGGUCCAGAAACUGAAAAGGCAAGCUGCGGCUACGGACACGACGAUGAUAUUCUCGUCUUAUUGAGAUCAGGGAUUUGGCCACGUCGAUCUUGGAAGAUGAUUGUCCUCUUCCGUGAUCGGCAUAAAACGUGGUCCUCUUUUACGUUUUUUCCUACUGCCGAUAGUGCGUACUACUACUUUGAUUUUAUUUCCAUUGCACUGGGACGAGAGAGAGAGAGAGAGAGAGAGAGAGAGAGAGAGAGAGAGAGAGAGAGAGAAAGAAAGAGAGAGAGAGAACGAGAGAGAGAGAGAGAGGA